AUGGCCGCGAGAGUUCUCUCGCUAGCUAUCUGCGGGCGACGGUUUGACCGGCAACCAUGUCAGCAACCAGAGCUGAAAAUUCAUACCGGCGUCGCCAGCGUAAGAUCUGCUCGGCCUUUGCC